AUGAGGGGUAUUUGCUUUGAAGUCUGUGAUGUGGUUCUUCAUGCUGAUGCCAUCCACAGAGGAGGUGGUCAGGUCAUUCCCACUGCUAGGACACUCAUCUAUGCUUCCCAGCUCACUGCCAAGCCAAGCCUCCUUGAACCUGUAUAUCUUGUUGAAAUCGAAGCUCCAGAGCAGACUGUUAGUGGUAUCUACGGUGUUCUUAAUCAGAAACGUGGGCACGUGUUUCAGGAAAUGCAGAGGCCUGGUACUCCACUGUACAAUAUGAAGGCAUACCUACCCGUCAUUGCAUGUUUGGGUUCUCUGAUGAUGAUGUCUGAUCCAUUGGAAGCUGGAUCCCAGGCUUCAGAACUUGUGACAGAUAUCCGUAAGAGGAAGGGUUUGAAGGAGCAAAUGACCCCACUAUCCGAGUUUGAGGAGAAACUUUGA